AUUAUAUAUAUUGACAUAUUGAUUGAUGUGGAUAUGAUUGUGACUCGUUGGUAACUCUUAAUUGAUUUUCUUUGGACUUACCUUUUUGUUUUGCUUUGUUUUGGUUUUUUUUUUGUUUUUUGCCACAUUGGACUUGACUUUGAGAAAAGAAGGAUCUAAAUAUAGAGUAGUUCAGGUUGAUAAAAUCCUAUUCUUUGAAAAAGAAAAAAUUGCGCAGAACAACUCUCACCUCGGAAUCAUUCUUACGUAAGAUACUGGUGCUUAUCUAAUUCGGAAACGUUGCAUGAGAGAUCUGGCCACGUGUCUGGCAAAAGAGAGUGGACGAGGAUUUCAUUAUUGGCGUGUUGGAGCAGAUGAAGGGCAAGGGAGUGCUGGUUUCAAACCCCAAUAGUGGCGAAGACAGUGAAGAGAAGCAAGAACCGUCGUUUGGCGUCAGAUUCUCUUCUCGGAACAAUUCCUCGAAAUACGAUUUCGUCAAGGUAAAAGUGUGGUUGGGUGACAAUGCGGAUCACUACUAUGUUCUGUCCAGAUUUUUGCUCAGUAGAAUGCUAACCGUGACCAAGAUCCCAAACCAUGUGGCUGUGAAAAUUGCUCUCGAACUCAAGAAGGUGCUCAUAGACAACAGCCUUCUUGAUGUCUCUCAGUCUGAUUUGGAAGCUAAUCUUUUUAAGCUUAUGGAGCGGAGAGGGUAUGGAGAGGAGUACAUAAAUCGUUAUAAGAUGAUGACAAGGUUUCACCAUCAAAGGGUUCCAUUAGUAAUACUUGUUUGUGGAACUGCUUGUGUUGGGAAGUCUACUAUUGCCACCCAGCUUGCACAGAGACUAAAUUUGCCAAAUGUCUUACAGACAGAUAUGGUGUAUGAGUUGUUGCGCACAUCUACUGAUGCACCAUUGGCAUCUACUCCUGUAUGGUACCGAGACUUCAGCUCAUCAGAGGAGUUAAUAACUGAAUUUUGUAGAGAAUGCAGAGUUGUACGUAAAGGUUUGGCUGGUGAUUUGAAAACCAUGAAAGAUGGAAAACCAAUAAUUAUUGAGGGAAUACAUCUGGAUCCUAGCAUUUAUUUAGUGGACGACGAACAGAAAUCACCCUCUAACGUACCUAAGGAGAUAAAUCCAUUAUCUUUUGCACCAGAUGAUAAUGCUACGGCAAAAUCAAAGGAUAAUCAUGAUGUUGUUUGUUGUGGUGAUGAGAAUAACGGUGGCUCAAGGUCUCCAAGCACCAAGGAGGAAAUAUCUAUUGACCAAGUUGAGUCACUAUCGAAUUCUACACAAUCCAUGGAUCUAGCUAGAAAUAUCUCUGCAGAUAAAGGUGUUUCUCUUAGAGAACUGGACACUGACAGAACUAAUGUUAUGAAGGAGAAGUUGGGUUCCAAACCAGUAGUUGUGCCCAUUGUUCUGAAAAUGGCUGAAUUUGAUCACAAGGCAUUGCUUGAGGAGUGGAUCUCCAGCCGUUCAUUUAAUGAUAAAUGCCCAGGCCAGGAUAAAAAUAAGCUUAUACAGAACUUGAAAACCAUACAAGAUUAUCUCUGCUCAUUCACAUCACAGGGCUUGACUGUGGUCAAUGUAUCAGCAACAACAUUCCCUCAAACACUGGACUGGUUGCACAGCUAUCUUCUUCAGUGCAUUGAGCAAGGCAUCACAUCAGUGUCACGUGAGAAAGGUCCACACGUAGCUGCAACAUAGUUCAAGCAGUGAGUCUUAGAGGUGCUAUCUACAAAACUAGUGAUCGCUAGCCUCUUGUGAUUAUGAGAUAGUCCAGUGACAGAUCAUUGCAAGGGAACAGAAAGCAGAUCUUGUUCAGGACAAAGUAAUUAUUGGAUCAAUUUUUCUGUUGUUGUCAAAUAAUGCAGAUUUUCUCAGUUUUCUUGUCCACAAAAUCUUUUGCCACCAAAAAUGAUUGUAUAAUCAUGGAUCUUGAAGUGAGGUGUAGUAUGCUUUUAUUACAAUCAUGGAAUGAGUAAUCUCCUGGGUGGCGCACUCACCAAUUGUUUUUAUUUAGUGCCACUUAUUUGCUAACUUUUAAUGAGAAAGACAACAUUUAUAGUCA